AUGGCAGCAUUGCAGAGGCAUCCCACAGACGUGGAGGUUGAGCAGGCCAACGAGAUUGAGAAGGAUCGGCUAUUGGCGGAUAUUGCAACCUUGGCCGCCAGAGGGGAAUUCGGAAAGAAGGAAGCGAAGAGAGAGGAUGUAGCUCAAGGACGCUUAGAAGACUGCCAAGAUGAGGCACUUUCCAGCAGAUGA